AUGUCUCGCCUCGCCGCUGUCGCGCACCAAAUCCGAAGCCGCGGCUUGCAGUCGCAAAGCGAUGAUGGGCGAUUCGGAGGAGCGACGAUCCGCCGUUUUUUCCCGACGGACCGAUACUGUAAGGGAUAAUGUUUCUACAAAAAAUCAAAUUUUUCCGCACGAAACUGCCGAAGUUAUAGCCAAAAAGCGCUUUUCUCUCUGAGCGCUCUCCACGUUUAGCGUGCUCUCUUGGCGGCACAAAUCGUUCGAUAUCUCGGCGGCACCCGCAAAGCGCGAGCUAAAACUCUCAGGAAUUGAUAUCUAGUCCAUACCCGACGUGUGUGCAAAUUUUAAAGAAAAUCUGAGCGUCGCACUUGGAGUACUUCCUCUGUUAGUAUUAGUGGUCAAAAAUUAGGACGCCUGAAACUCAAUCCCUCAAUUUUCUCAACUUUUUACAUCAAAUCUAAAUUUUAAAUACCAACUGUUUUUAUGUAUAUGACUAAUAAUCUCGAGAAACAAUAACAAAUGGGCAGCUGCUCUCUAAAAUUAACAAUACCUCGGCUAAUUCAAAAACCCCAGGAAAAAGUUUUUCGCAAUUCUGUGGCCAGCUGUUCCUGUAACUUGCUGCACUCUUAACUCAAUUUGAAAUUAAUUUUAAGUACUUGUUACAAAGAAUGGCACUCGUUGAUGUUAUUAUAAAUGCAGAGUCCAUUGACAGGCGGUGUUCUACGCUCAGAUUUGGACGUACUGAGUUACUACGCAACUUUUGAACAACCUAAUAUUGAUGCUAGCUGCUUGCUGUGUUAAUCCUCUUCGUCAAGGAGUCUUCCAAAUAAUCGCAAUCUCCGGAGUAUUCGCAAACAUUUUACUGUUCUUCUUGGUGAAAAACCACACACCAGAUGUUAUGUACAGCUAUCGGAAAGUGCUCUAUGCAUCCUGUUUCUUGGAUGGAGUUACCGCGUUGGAACAUUUUUUGCUCAUGGCUGUAAGCGUUUUGUAGUUUUAUAUAUACCAGCAUCACAAUAUAUCGCGAUACCGCAGGAUGACAAACCUUUAUCAUCCUCGCUUUCGGCCAUAAAAUUGAAAUUUCAGCGCUCAGAAAUGGUAAGGGAUGUGCUUACCAUGCGAUUCGAGGGGCCUUUGCCUCAACUCAUUGAACAUUAUGGCUUUUUAGCUGGAAGGAAUUUAGCGUAUCUCUUAGUGUUCGAGGCGUUCUUCAUGAUGGCAACUGUUUGUUUUUGCUUCGUUCCGUAUACCUACCGGUAUUUUCACAUUGUUCAGUAAGUCAUAAUUUCCCGUUAACGGUUGGCAGCAGAGAGAGCCGGCUCUUGGCUCCGGCUCUGAGCAGCUCCGGCUCCCGAGCCCAAAGUCGGAGCCAGACUUCUCAGCGUUCAGAAAAGUGAAAAUUUCGUCAUCUUGUUAAACCAAUUGUUUGGAAAAUGGGAAAGGUUGCAUACUUUGUGUUGCAUACUUACGACAUGGCUUAAAAACGUUGGGUGUGUCAUCUCUGGCACAAAUAACCUUUUUUUGGAAACAAAAUUUUAAAAAAAAUUUGCGAGAGCCGGUGCCGGAGACCUUUUUAAAUUUUGCAUGGGAGCCGGAGCCGCAAUUUUGUCCGUGGCAAUCUCUGGUUGGCAGACGUUAUUGCCGUCAGGCCUUAGCCCUCGUCGGGGCUUUGGUAGUUCAGCCCCCCCCCCUUACCGUAAAAAAUUCGUUCUUGUGGUUCAACGAUGAUCGUAGCCGAGAGAACCCAAUCCCGAGUAGGCGGUUUAGAUUGGCUGAGGGGGUUUGUACUGGGUCAUGGGGGGCUGAACUGGACUUGGGGGUUGUACUACCUUAGCCCGCCUCGUCGUCUGAUAUUUUGGUUGACUUCUCAUUAUUUUCCCGACAGGCUGAUAUUCACAACUUUCAGCAACAAAACUCUCACCAGUUUUCAAUUUCUCCUCCUAGUCGUCGCCUAUCUCACUCCUCCUGGUGUCAUCACCAUUGGAAUAGCGCUGCUCUCGGUCCAGUCCUAUGAUCAGCUUACCGCCUACAUUGGAGACGACGAUCCGCAAUGUUUAAGGCGGGUUCCGUACUUUGAUCGACGACUAGUCACUGAAGAGGUAAAUGAAAUUACGUCCGACAAUAUAUUAGGUUGUCCAACAAAUAAUGACCCUCUGUGAGAGGGGCAAAGUUUAAAGCCUCUAAAAAAGGAAAGCGAUGAUAGAAUUUCGAAAUAUUAUAACAUUUUGUAGCUGAGAUUUCAGGCUUUCGUUUGAUGUAUCGUUUGUCAUAUUGGGACCAAAUUACAGUAAUGUAGCCCUAAUCGAAAAUUAUCAAAAAAAAGUCGGUUUGCGCUGUCAUCUUUAACGGGCAAAAACAGGAUGCGAAAGUUUCAGAAGCUACGCAAAGUAUCAACGCUAUGUUCGACUAGUGUGUUCUGAGUCUGAACACGGUGAAACGAUGGAUUUAAAAAUUACGAUUUUACGGCAAGGGGCCCAAAGAUAAAGUACGGAAUCCAAACCUUAUCAAUUUACCCUGAGGUCGUCGGUUGACGAACAUCCUAGAAUCAUCAUCCAACGCGUCUCUGACAUCGCCUGGCUGUUGAAAUAAUCGGCGGCUAACCAUUCGAUGUCGAUGGAAUUCAAAAAAUGCCCGGCAACUUUUUCCCAUGUUAUUGGAUCAAAGCAAAGAGUGGAAGCAUUACAUUUCUCGCGUUUGCGUGCCGUUUUCUGGAUCGAAUCGUUGCCUCUGGUGAAAAGAGGACCUACUGGGACAACCAGACCGGAUAUGCUGAACGGAGUCCUCCGAGGGUAUCACUGCGGCACUUGUCAACGCCCGACUCCCCCCAAAACAAGGUGAUGACUAGUUCUUAAUGGUGCAGCAUGGGCAUAGUACAAUACAGCUUCUUGAAAGCUGGCCAAAAUGUAGAUACGAUCGCCUACUGUAUCCAGAUAGACAGUUUAUGGCAGCGUCUGUCUUCAACGAUGCGUCGCAGAAGUCCAAAAAUUCAUAGCGGCUACACGGAACCUCCCCUUUGAAAGAUGACCCUCCAGAAGCCGAUUUAAUAGAGAUACGAGACUGUCCCUCGUCCAGCCUAUUUGUCAAAGCUGGCCUAUACACAUUACCAUCAGUUCAAGAAUCUUGCACGUUUCAUCAGUGGUAGGGAAUUCGACAAUCAAGACGCCCUUGAAAAGGCCUUCAAAAGUUUCAUCGGCACCAGAAGCCGGGGUUCCUAAGCUACAGACAUAAAAAACUUUUUGGCACAUUGUAACAAGCGUGAUAAAGCACGUGAUAAUUAUUUUGAUUAAAUAGAUCGCAGUUAUUACGGUAAAUUUUGCCGAAAAAAUAAAUUUUUUGAAGAGGGUCAUUAUUUGUUGGACAACCUAAUACAAGACGUUUUACAGCCAUUGCAAACAAUUUCCCAAGUCAUCUUCAAGUUUAAUUACCCAAUUUUUGCUUAUCCACCCUUACUGCUGUACUUUAUCGUCCGAAUCUUCCAAAAACUCAGCUCUAAUGUGCAAAAGACGUCGAGUGUGGCGAGUAGGAUGCAGCGACAAAUUACUUUAACACUGACUGCACAGGUGCGUGGGAAAUUUGAAUGUCAGAUCGUUUUCGCAACGUUGGAAAAAUAUUUUUCUCGAAAUUAUUUCUUUUGUCAAUUGUGACACUUCGUUUGGACGAAACUCCAAAGUGGGCGGGAAACAUUUUUCUUUUAUCUCGGGUUUGCCGUGACACUCUCGCUUCGCGACGGCGAGCCGUGGCCCGGGAUUUGGCGCGCGACUGCGACGGGACGAGACAUUUUGCUGCGACAAAUCCACAUUAUUUUCCCGGCAGACUGAUAGUUACGAGGCUGGCGGCUAGCCGCUGUGUCUUUCGCCGUUCUUAAGGCAAAAAAGUGCGCACCGAAGGGACCUCAACACCAAAAAAAAAUCAUCUCAAAGGACUAUUAGCCAAGUUAUUGCCAAAAGAAGGUCGGUCAUUUAAAAAUAUCAGUCUGUUUUGAAAAUAAUGUGGGUUUGUCGCAGCAAAGUGUCUCGCCUCUUCGCAGCCGCUCACCAAAUGCCCAACUGGCCGUCGCUAAGUGAUGAGGGGCGAUUCCAAGGCGCGACAAAUCCACAUUAUUUUCUCGACAAACCGAGACUGAGUAUUUCCCCCUUUUUUCAGUCGAUCAUCCCUGUGCUCCUUGUCGCCCUCCCAUAUUUGAUCGGCAUCUUCAAUCUUCACAAUGGCGGAAACAAGUCCGGCUCGUUGUCGCUAAUGUCCGUUUCUCUGAAUUCAAUCCCACUGGUCAACCCUGUAUCGACCAUCAUUUUGGUGAAAAGCUACAGAAAUAUAGCUCUGAGGGCUCUUGGAAUCGACAGAAAUUCAAUUUCAACCUCUCGGGUUUCGGUAACAUCUGUUCUUUCAAAAUAA